AUGUCAAAUGACGAAUUGGAAUUACUUCAUGGAUCGAUUACCAAAUUUAUUUCCAUAACCUCAUUUUUUUCCACCAGUUUUAAUCGACAGGUAGCUGCGUCACUGCUUGGUGGCGAUGAGAGUACUGGUGAUCUGAAGCGAGUGCUGUUCGAAAUUGAAGCAAAUCCACAAGUGGUCACCAGCAAACCAUUUGCUGACAUCACCUCACAAAGUCAAUUCGAUGAUGAGGCAGAAGUUCUCUUCAUGCUCGGCUCUAUUUUUCGUCUCGUUGACAUUCGUCAAGAUGGUACUGGAGUCACGAUCAUCCGAAUGAUACUAUGUGGUGAUGAUGAACACGAACUCAAGGAGCUGCUUCAACACAUGAAGACUAAAUUGUGGAGCGGGCCUACAGACCUUUGUUCAUUCGGCGAAGUGUUAAAAAAGAUGGGUAAAUUUGAUCUGGCCGAAAAGUUCUUUCACCUCCGGCUGAAGGAACUUCCACCAAAUGAUCCUAAUCUUGCGACACUGUAUCACAAUAUUGGUUCGACUAUCGACGAAAAAGGUGACUAUGAAACAAGUCUCGAAUGGUACAAGAAAGCACUCGAAACCUAUGAGAGAACUUCUCCACCGGAUCAUGUCAGUAUUGGCAACACAUACAACAGCAUCGGUUUGAUUCACUGGAGAAAAGGUGACUACAGUCGAGCAGUCGAAUCGUACAACAAUGCAGUUUCAGUUUUCGAACAAGCACAUGACGAGAAUCAUCCGAAUAUGGCCGGAUUUUACAACAAUAUUGCCAUCAUCUAUGGCGAACAGAAGAAGUAUUCAGAGGCACUCGUCUUCUUCAAGAAGACACUUACUAUUCAACAAAAAUAUCUACCUGCCGAGCAUCCUGAUUUGGGCAUGUCUUAUAACAAUAUUGGUGAAGUUCAUAGAUAUCUCGGUCAGUAUGAUCUUGCAUUGGAAUAUUACAAUCGAGCACUGAAGAUCUAUUCGAAGUCACUUACUCAUAAUCAUCCACAAAUUGCACUGAGCUGCAGAAAUGUUGGCCUUGUUCACGAGAGCAAUGGUGAUUUUCAACAAGCAAUGACAUUUUUUCAAAAAGCCGCAUCUAUUCGUCGUCAGUCAUUGCCACCUCAACACCCUGAUGUAGUACGAAUCGAGCAAGACCUUCAACGUACAAUGAAUAGACUUUAUUGAGUGAAUAUUUGUUUUUUCCUACUGUUUUUGUUCGAAUAAAUAUUAGCAGGCGCUUACGACGACAGCGAAUCUGAACCAAUGGUUGUGCGAUGGUAGUAAGCGAGAAGGGCAAAUUUCUAACACCCACACACAAGUAUGUGGAAUGCCAGCACUGGACAAGGAACUUUCUGUUGGUACUUAUUCAAUAGUUCCGGGGUGGGUGUGAGUGUGGGGUGUGGGUGUGGGUGGGUAUGGGUGUGGGUGUGGGAUGUGGGUAUGGGUGUGGGUGUGGGAUGUGGGUAUGGGUGUGGGUGUGGGUGUGGAUGUGGGUGUUGGUGACCAUUUAGAGAAGAGUCACACCCACACCCACACCCCCACCCCCACCCCCACCCCCCCCCCCCCCCACCCCCCCCCCCCCCCCCCCCCCCCCCCCCCCCCCCCCCCCCCCCC